AUGGAGAACGAACGCGGCGAGCUCGUCGACCUCUACGUCCCCCGCAAGUGCAGCGCAACCAACCGCAUCAUCACGGCCAAAGACCACGGUUCCGUCCAGCUGUCCGUGGGCAAAGUCGACGAGAACGGGCGGUACACCGGCGAGAACCAGGUGUACGCGCUGUGUGGAUUUGUGCGGGCGAUGGGGGAGAGCGACGAUUGUGUGAAUCGGUUGGCGCAGAAGGAUGGGUUGUUGAAGGGGGUUUGGAGCGCGAGUCGGUAG